UUCUCAUUUUCCUCGCCCCCAACCUUAUCUCAAUAUACAAUGCCAGUCCGCCGCACCGUUUUGCGGCUAACUAAGCAGUAAGCACACAUUUGUACGGUCAAUCAUGGAGCUCCUGCUCCUGUAUGCGCCGUGUGUUAUUCUCCUCGUCUCCUCCCUGUACCUUCUCCGGCUCUUCUCUGACGCUCGCCGCAACCUGCCGCCGGGUCCCCGCCCGCUGCCGCUCGUCGGCAACCUCCUCGAGCUCGGUGCCAAGCCACACCGCUCCCUGGCACGCCUCGCGGAGCGCCACGGCCCGCUCAUGACGCUCCGCCUCGGCGCCGUCACCACCAUCGUCGCGUCCUCACCGGACGCCGCCCGAGACAUCCUCCAGCGCCACGACGCCGCCUUCUCGACGCGCCCUGUUCCGGACAUCGUCCGGGCGUGCGGGCACGACAGGUUUGCCAUGCCCUGGCUCCCUCCCAGCAGCCCCCAGUGGCGCGCCCUCCGCAAGGUGUGCUCCGCGGAGCUCUUCGCGCCGCGCCGCCUCGACGCGCAGCAGCGCCUCCGCCGCGAGAAGGCGCGCCGGCUCGUGUCGCACGUCGCGAGGAUGGCGCGCGAGGGCGCGGCCGUCGACGUCCGCCGCGUCGUGUUCACGACCUUGCUGAACAUGCUCUCCUGCACGCUGUUCUCGGCCGACCUCGCCGACCUCGACGAGGGACGCGCCGGAUCGGCGGGGGAGUUAGCGGACACGGUCGCAGAGUUCGCGGGCACCGUCGGUGUCCCGAACGUGGUGGACUACUUCCCGGCGGUCGCGGCGUUCGACCCGCAGCGGCUGCGGAGGUGGCUGUCGAGGGUGUUCACGCGACUGUUCGCUGAGUUCGACGAGCAGAUCGAGCGGCGCAUGCGGGAGCGCGACGCGGGUGAGCCGCCCAAGAACGACUUCCUGGACGUGCUGCUCGACUACCGCACGACGGAGGAUGGCCGGCAGUUCGACCGGCAAACGCUACGGUCACGGUUUACGGAUUUGUUUAGCGCGGGGAGUGAUACAAGCGCGGUAACUGUAGAAUGGGCAAUGGCUCAGCUGCUACAAAGCCCAUCAUCCAUGAUGAAAGCUCGGGAGGAGCUUACUCGAGUGAUUGGCUCCAAACCAGAAAUCGACGAAUCCGACAUCGACAGCCUCGAGUACCUUCAGGCCGUCGUGAAAGAGACUUUCCGGCUCCAUCCUCCCGCGCCGUUGCUGCUCUCUCACCGAGCCGAGACGGACACAGAGAUCGGAGGCUACACGGUGCCCAAGGGCGCGACCGUUAUGGUGAAUAUUUGGGCGAUUGGCCGAGAUAGCAAGGUGUGGUUUGAGCCUGACAAGUUCAUCCCGGAGAGGUUCCUGCAGAAAGAGGUGGAUUUCCGUGGUCGCGACUUCGAGCUGAUUCCAUUUGGCUCCGGCCGAAGGAUCUGUCCCGGGUUGCCGCUGGCUGUUCGCAUGGUGCAUCUGAUGCUCGCAUCGUUGCUGCACCGGUUUGAGUGGAGGCUUCUGCCGGAGGUUGAGAGGAACGGGGUGAACAUGGAGGAGAAAUUUGGGAUCGUAAUGACGUUGGCUACGCCCCUCCAAGCUAUUGCUACACCAAUUUGACUAUGUAUAAAAACCGUACACAAAAAUUACCGGCCGAUCAACACUUGUUUCUGAUGUUCACUGACCGAACCACCUGAAAUCAGUAAGGUCGGAAAUGGUAGAAAACCCAGUUAAAAACAGUGGUGAAAAUAAUAUGGGCAUCUUUGCAAAAAAGAUGACAAAUUUCAGGUAAAUAUUAUUUUGUUACUAUUUAUCCAAAAAUUGUCUUUUUUACUCCAAAAUAAAGUUGAGUUUGAACUUUAAA